CGCCCGCUAAUGGCGGCUGCAGAAAUUAGUCGUCGGUCGUCGGUCGCUCUGUCCUUCAUCCGCAGGGAAAGCAAAGACGGGAGGAGCAAGGGAUCAGACAGGAUUCGCGGUUUCUUGAGGAGAGGUGGAUGCAUACACUUGCCGAUCGGUCCACCCCAAGUCCUUCGCUGUUGACUGUGUCACCUCGUCCAUCUAGAUCCAGAAUCCAGAAUCCAGAAUCCAGAUGUUGCCGACCGUCGUCGUUCUGGCACGUCCGACGACGAGAACCCAUCGCCACUAUAAAUGCGGGAACCUGUCGGACGCAGAAGGAGGAGGAGCAUGAUUAUGAGGAGCGAACGAAAAUAAGUUGCUCACGACAGGCAGGGCUCAGACGGAGUCGACAUCGUUCCAUUGCCAGCUCUGAUGAGCCUUUUCUUCUGAGACCUCCCGCGCCGUAAGAGCAUGUCGAUUGAAUGACCAAUCUCUGAUUUCUCUAGUUAGAAUUGAGGCCGUUUGUGUACAGAGGCGGACAAAGAGCCACAAGAGCGCGACCCGAUGGCGGGCGGUAUGAUGGUCAGUGGGGGCGGACCCCCCCGCAAGUACGAGGGUCGAACUACGGGCUACGUGAUUCUGACAUGUAUUCUGGCCGCCAGCGGAGGGCUCAUGUUCGGUUACGAUGUCGGAGUUUCUGGAGGAGUGACGAGUAUGGAUGGAUUCUUGAAGAAGUUUUUCCGGGAAGUGUACGACAGGAAGCAUUCAGCGAAUCUCAACGAGGGAAACUACUGCAAAUAUGACAAUCAGAAGCUGCAAGCAUUCACCUCGAGCUUGUACAUCGCCGGCCUGGUGGCGACGUUCUUUGCGUCCUACACGUCGCGCAGAUUCGGACGGCGGCCCACCAUGCAGAUCGCGUCCGCAUGUUUCGUGAUCGGCACCGUACUGUGCGCCGCAGCUCAGAACAUGGCCAUGCUCAUCUUCGGCCGCGUGCUGCUCGGCUGCGGCGUGGGCUUCGCCAAUCAAGCCGUGCCGCUCUACUUGUCGGAGAUGGCGCCCACGCACCUCCGCGGAGGCCUCAACAUUCUGUUCCAGCUCGCGGUGACGGUCGGCAUUUUCUUCGCCAAUCUCGUCAACUAUGGCACGGAGAAAAUCGACCCCUGGGGCUGGCGCCUGGCGCUCGGGCUGGCCGGCAUCCCGGCCGCGCUGCUAGCCAUCGGCGGCGUGCUGCUGCUCGAAACGCCCAACAGCCUCAUCGAGCGCGGCCAGAUGGAGAAAGGCAAGCGCGUGCUGCAGAAGGUGCGCGGCACGCCCAAUGUGCAAGCCGAGUACGAGGACAUGGUGGCCGCCAGCGAAGUGGCCAAAUCCGUCAAGCAUCCGUUCCGCAACAUCGUCAAGCGCCGCAAUCGGCCGCAGCUCGUCAUCGCCAUGCUGCUGCAGCUGUUCCAGCAGAUGACGGGCAUCAACGCCAUCAUGUUCUACGCGCCCGUGCUCUUCCAGACCCUGGGCUUCAAGUCCAGCGCCUCUCUCUACUCCGCCGUCAUGAUCGGCUGCGUCAAUGUGCUCUCCACCAUCGUGGCCGUGGCCAUCGUCGACAAAGUGGGCCGCCGUAAGCUGCUCUUGCAGGCCGGCGUUCAAAUGUUCAUCGCUAUGCUGGCGAUCGGGAUUAUAUUGGGAGUGCAGCUGAAGGACACGGGCGGGUUGCCCAACGGAAGUGCCAUAGUGGUGGUGGUGCUGAUCUGUGUGUUCGUGUCGGGGUUCGCGUGGUCGUGGGGGCCUUUGGGAUGGCUGAUUCCCAGUGAAACGUUUCCGCUCGAGACUCGAUCGGCGGGGCAAAGUAUCACCGUGUCCACAAAUCUCUUGUUCACGUUCAUAAUUGCGCAGGCGUUUUUGUCCAUGCUGUGUCACAUGAAGUAUGCUAUCUUCCUGUUUUUCACGGCCUGGAUUGUGAUCAUGACGCUGUUUGUCAUCUUUUUCUUGCCCGAGACCAAAGGCAUUCCUAUCGAGGAAAUGCAAGGUGUUUGGGGUGGCCAUUGGUUCUGGAAGCGGUACGUCCCGUAUGACCCCGCCCUCGAGCAGGAGAUGCAAGCCAAAAAUGCUGCCGAUGUCAACCCGCAGCAGGAAAAGAUCGCGCAAGCCAUUUAGACGACAACCAAGGAUUACAUUCCAUUCUUCUGCAGCUCCAGCGAUGAAAGUGAUUCGCGAGUCGCUUCAAAUUCCUGUCAAAUGGACUUUUACAUCAAUCUGGAGCAGGUGUUCCGCCUCCAUGUACAACAAUUGACGAUAGAGCCGAAUUUCAAUCCGAUCAGAAGCUCCCGUUACAGCACCCUUCUAGAAAUUUCAUUUAUCAUUUGUUAUUAAAGCGCACAACUACUUGUCUGCAGCGCUCAGCUGGUUGAAAAGUUUGAUUUUUGAGCAGGCACGAAGAGAAAGUUUCAGGAAGAUGGUAAGUAGCAUUGCAACGCUGGACGGGAGUUUCGCAGACAACUUUGCGUUUAUUACUUCGAAUUUUUACUCUGCAUCUAGUGGCCUCCACACCUAGGCAAUUCUGUUCGAAGACCAAUACUUUGUGUAGUAUUCAUGUGUAUAAUAUUUUUACAGAGGCAAAAGCUUUAAUAAAAUCAUGAAGCCUACGAGCAGAUCUGUUCAUAGGUCUGCGAAGUGAAACAUUGUCGUCAGAU